CCGCGCGGGCGCGUACCUGCCUCGCACGUCAUGGCGCUAGUGGAUCUGGGCGACUCACCUCCGCGUGUGGAAUCCGACAAUCGUCGACCCCGCUCGGAUUCAGAAUCGAUCACCAUGACUUCAGCGCAGGAAGUUCAAAUUCUGCUUAGGUUCUUGUCUCAAGAUGCAAAGGUGCCGCUCGCCCAGGCAAUGGCCAAAGUCAAAGACUUGCGCGAAGACAAACUCAUCACACCAAUGGAAAUUGCAAAAUCCGACCUCCACCAUCUCACAACCUUGUUUGGGGACGAAAAGCUAGCUCGGCAAGUUCUCAAUGCUGCUAAAAGGGUAUCGAAGAAACGGCUAUCAAGUGAUGUCUCAACGUCAUCGGCUGUACCCUCCCCACCUGCGAAAAGAGCAAAACCCUCAUACGGGAUCGCAAUGGAUCCUGCCAGCUACGAGGCUUCUCUUGCUUUGCCAGAGCUUCAUCUUGAUUUAGAUGUGUUGAAAGAGGCUGUUGUCUACACGAACCGCGCACCUUUGGUACUAGCUUUCGCGGUCACGUUGUUGAAGUACACCAUGCCGGAGCAGCCGUUAUCGAGCCGACUGAGUCUGGCGCAGGCCGUCUGCAGUGCUAAUAGCCAAAGCAAGGCUAAAUACAUUGGGCUUCAAGCUGGGAAAACAGCCGAGGAAGAAGGCUGGGGUGAAGGCCAGCCUGUCAUCACGGUCAUGGGACGUGACAUUAGGGUCAUGAAGCGCUGGGGCUAUGAGUGGAAGGGAACAGACUCACAAGACGACUUUCAAUCGACACAAGGCACCGUAACAGCUGAUAGUGAAGACACACAACCGAGGGAGGUCAAGCCAACACUCUUGCGAAUUAUGACGGAUGAAACAAUCGUGCAAGAUCCCUCAGAGAUUGCACAAGCUCAACAACAACCAGCUCUUUGGGGUGUAGAUCUAGAAGCACUCAAAAGGUCAAAUGGUCCGGUUGCUCCUGGUGACCGUAAUAAUUCGACCACGCAACUCCCCAUAUACAAGCCAGAACCCACGAGGGCUUAUCUGCUCAAAGCAUUCGAGAGUCAAUCCGAUAAGACCGUGGCAACUAACACAAAAAAGAAAAAGCUGUCUGAGCAGAGGGAACAUAAUCUAGGGCUGCUUCUUGUGGCUCUAGAGCAUCUCUAUGGAUCAUGGGCGGCCACUUUGAGUAGCGAGGAUUUAAAUAAGCGUGCAUGGAAUUGGUACGCAAAAGUACGACCAGAGGUCAAGCAGGGAGCAGCUGGGUGGGGCGGAAAGGGCAACGUCCCACUGGCCGACAUAUUAGACCUGAGGAAACCAACGUCUUAA